AUGACACAAGAUUACCGCAUCUCUCUCGAUAUCGAUACAGUACUAGACGCAGUACAGGCCGCGCUAAGCUCGCCCAGUUCGUCCAGCACCAGCCGUCGCAGCAGCGCCCCCGACUCUGGGCUGGGCAUCACCGUUCUCGUGGAUGUCCCCGUGCGAUCGUGGCAGGGGCGGUUCCAGCUUGAUCCGCCGCCGCCGUACUCACUUCUCCCGUCCUCCGAGCAUCCACCGUCGCAUACGUCCAUUGAGUCUACUACCGGCAUCAUAACGACCCCCACGCUCCCCAACCCGUCGUCGUGGGAGCAGCUUUCGGACGAGACCGCCAACGAUGGCGACGAGAACCGCAACUCCGACUACCAGACUUGUGCGCCAGCCCUCGGGUGCGAGAUCGACGAGCUUAUACUCCAUUACGAGACGCCGCUGGAGUCUCCCCGACACUCAAUCCCUGUCCAUGAGGAUCACCGGGCCUUCCAGCCCGUCGCCUUCAUGGGCGCAGGCCCUGGACGAAGCCGAGAGCGCGGGUGGUGGCGUCGGCCUUUUAAGGUCAAUGGCUUCCCCACGGAGCUCGACAGAUUUUUCGUGGCGCUCGGCGGCUUCGUCGUGGAGCUCGGUGAAUUCUUCGCGGAGCUCGGCAGGUUCUUUGCAAAGCUCGGCUACUUCUUCCUCUUGGAGCUGGUCAACUUCUUCGUCGAUCCCUGCUGCUUCUUCGAGCUCGUCGUCUUCAUCGAGCUCGUCGGCUUCUUCGCAGACGCUCAAUGA